AUGGCCGUCUUUCGAACCCCGCGCCUGUUCGCUCUACAGGUCCGACACUAUUCUUCCACAAUUCCAACGAGCCGACGACUGAACCUUCCUAUUGAUUUCAAGACCACGCCUCUCUUACAUCACACAUCGAACACCUUUAGCGCUAUCCCAGGUCUUCCCAAAGAGGGUCCCUCCAAGAGACUGAACCUUUGUCAAGCCGUGAAUGAAGCGCUAGCGACUGCUCUCCGUGCUUCAAACAGGGUUCUGUGCUUUGGGGAGGAUGUCGCGUUUGGGGGGGUCUUUCGUUGCACUGCGGGUCUGCAGGCAGAGUUUGGCACUGACAGGGUUUUCAAUACACCAAUCACCGAGCAAGGCAUUGUUGGUGCUGCGAUUGGGGCGGCCGCGGAGGGGAUGAAACCAGUGGCGGAAAUUCAGUUCGCAGAUUACGUCUGGCCUGCCUAUGAUCAAAUCGUCAAUGAAGCCAGUAAGUUCCGAUAUCGAGAAGGAACCACUGGGGCAAAUCUGGGCGGGUUGGUCAUCCGAAUGCCUUGCGGAGGCGUUGGUCAUGGUGCAUUAUACCACACCCAGUCUCCCGAGAGCAUGUUCUGUCACAUCCCUGGUUUCCGAGUCGUGAUGCCACGAUCACCGUCACAGGCAAAGGGUUUGUUAUUGUCUGCAAUUUUAGACUCCCAAGACCCUGUGAUCUUUAUGGAGCCAAAAGUCCUCUAUCGUGCAGCUGUCGAAGAAGUCCCAGAGGAACCAUACUAUCUCCCUCUGAGCAAAGCAGAAGUCCUCCGGGAAGGUGGUGAUCUGACCCUUAUCUCAUAUGGCCGCCCUCUCUAUACCUGCCAGGCCGCGAUUGACGCUGUAGAGAGGGAACGAGGUGUCAAGAUUGAAUUGAUCGACCUCCGAACGCUGUAUCCCUGGGACCAGGAAACUGUUAUGCAGAGUGUAAAGAAAACAGGGAGAGCAGUAGUCGUCCAUGAAAGCAUGGUCAACUAUGGCGUUGGUGCAGAAGUGUCAGCUAAAAUCCAGGAAAAGGCAUUCUUCCAUCUUUCCGCUCCGGUCAAGCGGGUUGCGGGCUGGACAACGCACACCGGUCUUGCAUGGGAGAAAUAUAUCUUGCCCGAUGUAGCGAGAAUCUACGAUGGUAUUCUCGAGACCUUGGAUACCUAA